AUGGCUCCUACUGGAGCUUUUGAGAGCCAGAAGAACAAAGAACAUCGAGUGCACAAAGUUGGAGGAAAAGUAACGAAAGUUAAAGAAAAGAACAAGGUGAAAGGCAACAAUGCGAAAGCUUUCACUUUCAAAUCAGCAGUCGCUGCUGGAAAAGCAAUCAGAAGAGCUGCAGACAUCAACGAAAGAAAGAAACAUAUUCUGUUCAUGGACAGGAAGCCUGUGAUUCCUCCUCCAAUCAUAGUCGCGAUUGUCGGUCCCAGUAAAGUCGGCAAGACCACGCUUCUUCGAGGUCUCGUGAAAUACUACCUGAGGAGUGGUUUCGAAGAACUGAAAGGUCCAUUUGGUAGGUUAGUGUCAUUUUCAGUUGUACUGCUGAUGGUCGAUGCAUCAUACGGCUUUGAAAUGGAAACAUUCGAGUUCCUGAACAUCUGCCAAGUUCAUGGAAUGCCGCGUGUUUUAGGAAUUCUUAACCAUCUAGAUUGUUUGAAAGGAAUAGGAAAGGUGAACAAGGUGAAGAAAGUGAUGAAACAUCGGUUCUGGACUGAAAUCUAUCAGGGAGCCAAGUUGUUUUAUCUCACCGGAAUGCAUCACAACGAGUACAAAAAGAACGAGUUGCAUAACUUAGUGCGAUUCAUAUCAGUCAUCAAAUUCCGCCCGCUUAUUUGGCGUGACGCUCAUCCUUAUGUUCUAUGUGAUCGUUACGAAGAUAUUACCGACGCGGAGGUGGUGAGAACGAAUUCGACAAUCGAUAGAACUAUCUGCCUUUAUGGAUGGGUGCAUGGCGCCCAUUUUAAGAAUCAUAGCUCGAUACACAUCCCUGGUGUGGGCGAUCUUCGCGUCAAAGAUGUUAGCAGUAUACCUGAUCCAUGUGAUUACUGCAAAUGGUUAAGGCUUGCUCGUAAAGCGCUCGAGGGAUAUAAACCUGAACAACAAAUCAGGCUAAAUUGGAUGAGCAUAAUUUAUAAGCAAGGUAUGCACAGGUGCUUAGUGUCUAAAUUUUCUUUGCUUGAUUUCGUUGAAUUACAGGAAGACGGCUUUCAGUGGAACCAAUGUGCUUCGUCUUCAUCUGCCACGCUCAACUGGAAUGAAGAAGAAACCCGGUUAUCUAUUGCCGACUGCUUCGUCACGGGGACUUGGUCUGAAGACGAUGAGAUUGAAGAAAAGUUCCACGAUGAAGUGGAUGAGAAAGUGAAAGAAGAGUCGGAUAAUGAAGACGAAGAAGCACCACAAGACGGUAUUGUUUUAGAAUUCCGUGCCGAAGCUGCUGCUCGAGAAAAACGUGCGGAGGAAAAGAUUAAACUAAAACAACGUUUCAACGACGAUUACGAUGACUCAUGUAAACACUAUAAUACCUUGAAGAAUGAGAUGGAAGAACAAGCUCAACUCAAUAAGAGCAUUUUUGAAGGAAUGGAUGAGAGCGAGCGGGAACAGUUGGAAGGGUUCCGCGCUGGCCGUUAUGUUCGCAUUGAGAUAGAGAAUGUACCAUGCGAAUUUGUCGAAAAUUUCGAUCCUACUUCACCCUACAUUGUUGGCGGUUUAUUGACUGGUGAACAAAACAUGGGGGUAGUUCAGGUGCGUAUAAAACGUCAUCGUUGGUUUGAAAGGACAUUGAAGUCGCGCGAUCCUCUAAUUAUCAGCUGCGGUUGGCGAAGAUAUCAAACCGUUGUCAUAUAUUCCAUUCAGGAUCACAAUAUGAGGCAGAGGUUCUUAAAGUACACUCCAGAACAUAUGCAUUGUCAUGCUCAGUUCUGGGGACCAAUAGUUGCACAGAACACAGGACUUGUAGCUGUACAGUCAGUCUCUGACAGAACGCCAGGGUACCGUAUUGUUGCCACUGGAGUUGUAUUAAAUCUCGAGAAAAGCUCUGAUGUAGUGAAGAAACUUAAACUUGUCGGCACGCCCGAAAAAGUGUUCAAGAACUCUGCCUUUAUAAAGGGGAUGUUCAACAGUCAGCUGGAAGUGGCUAAGUUUGAAGGAGCAGCUAUUCGAACUGUGUCUGGGAUUCGUGGGCAAAUCAAGAAAGCAUUGCACGAGCCUGCUGGAUCAUUCAGGGCAACUUUCGAGGAUAAAAUAUUGAUGCGAGAUAUCGUAUUCUUGCGGUCUUGGGUAUCUGUACCUAUCCCUCGUUUUUACACGCCAGUAAUUGACCAUCUUUUGCCGCCUGGAGAGCCAUGGGUGGGAAUGCGUACGGUCGGUAAAAUGCGACAUGAGCUCGGAAUCAAACCCGAACAACGGGAAGAUUCCAUGUAUAAGCCCGUUGAACGUGAUGAACUAGAGCCAGCUCCACUAGUCGUGCCCAGCAAACUCCAGCAAGCUUUGCCCUUCAAGAUGAAGCCCACAUAUGAGGAAAAAACAAAAGAGGUGAGGCAAUGCUCAAAGUAUUUUCAGCACAAAGAGCAGUUAAUCGCUAGGAACACGGCUGUGAUUCUGGAACCAGAAGAGGCGAAGAGGAAACACAUGAUGGACAUGCUGAGAACUAUCAACACGUAUGAUGACAAGAUCACUAGGUACAUGAUUUUCAGUAAUAUAUCACGACUUAAGAAGGCACUUGGUCAAUCGGCUAGCAGUAGUUGA